AUGGCACGCUCUUCCAGAAGGUCUGCGCGUCUCCUGGAUGAUGACAAUUCCAGAAGAUCCAGAAGAAAUGUGAGCUAUCUUGAAGAUAGCGACGCCGAUGCUGCCGAUGAUGUUGCAGAUGAUGACAUUGGGUCAUCUAAGGAUGUGAAAGGCGAAUCGGACAUUGACGAUGAACCCGAAAGUCCUCCAUCCAAUAAUGACAAUGAUAAGGAAGACAAUAAUUAUGAUGAUUACUCAGACGAAGACGAGGAGGUUAUGCCGUCGAGAAAACGCAGAAAGCGUGUUCCCAGAGAAAAGAAAGAGCAUGACGACUCGGACUUCGAGGAUGAAGGUGGAUCUGCCACUGAGGAAGACGGGUCGGAAGCUUAUGAUGAAGACGACGCAUUUCUUGAAAAGCUACGAGAAAAGCAGUUUGUGGCAUCGGACGAUGAUGACGCCGCUGGAAACGAUUACUAUACGUACAAAAAAGCAAAAAAGACAAAGUCCCGGCUGCGUUCGGCAGAGCCACGAAGUAAAAGACGACUUCUGGUUUUGGACGACGAUGAGAUGGACGAAGUCAACGAAGAUGACAGUAUUCAGCAAGAGAUAAGGGAAUUGUACGACUCACUGCCGGACGAGAGUCCUGUGAAGCACAAGCUUCGAGAACGGGAAAAGGUCAACUAUACUAUCCCUCCGCCAAUCACCAAUGAUAACAUGAACGAACUCUACACCACGGCACCACUGUCACAGCUGUUUCGGUCGCGUGGACGAAAGAACGCCAAUAAGAGCGAUUUUCGUAAACUCCUCUUCCCAACGGCUGGACCCUUCGGUGGCAGUGACGUAUUAUCAGUUUUGGGCCAGAACAUUCCUCCAGGAGGCAUUCCUAUUCCCGGAAUGGCCGCUGGAAUCGGUGAAACUAUGGGCUUGGGUGACUCUGGUGACUUGGACUCUUCAGAUGACGAGCUAGUGCCAUCAAAAGACUCCUAUGGGCUUCCACAAGCAAAGCCCACCCCUCUACUUGCCAAUAACAAAGUCUUGAACCACACCAAGAUCAUUGGUGCACAGUCAACUACAGAUGGCAAAAAGAAGAAUAGCUUGAGCGAUACAGACCCUCUUGGCGUGGACAUGAAUAUCGAUUUCUCUGCUGUUGGAGGCUUGGAUGGCUACAUUGAUCAAUUGAAAGAGAUGGUGGCUUUGCCCCUCUUGUACCCCGAACUUUACCAGAAUUUCUCCAUCACUCCUCCUCGAGGGGUCUUAUUCCACGGACCUCCUGGUACUGGUAAGACGCUCAUGGCUAGAGCUUUAGCAGCGAGUUGCUCCACUCCGACAAGAAAAAUCACUUUCUUCAUGCGUAAAGGAGCUGACUGUCUCAGUAAGUGGGUGGGUGAGGCUGAAAGACAAUUGCGUUUAUUAUUUGAAGAGGCUAAAAACCAGCAGCCUUCCAUUAUUUUCUUUGAUGAAAUUGACGGUUUGGCCCCCGUUCGUUCUUCCAAGCAAGAACAGAUCCAUGCAAGCAUUGUGUCUACUUUGCUUGCUUUGAUGGAUGGUAUGGAUAACAGAGGUCAGGUGAUUGUUAUUGGUGCUACCAACAGGCCGGACUCGGUGGAUCCAGCAUUGAGAAGACCUGGCCGUUUUGAUAGGGAGUUUUACUUCCCAUUGCCUGACAUCUCAGCCAGAAAGCAGAUUUUAAAGAUUCACACCAAAAAGUGGAGCCCGCCAUUGUCACCAGUUUUCAUCGAUAAAGUUGCAAGCUUAACUAAAGGAUAUGGAGGUGCAGACUUGAGGGCUCUUUGCACAGAGGCCGCUCUUAACUCGAUCCAACGUAAAUAUCCUCAGAUUUACCUGUCCACUGAUAAGUUAAUCGUUGAUCCUACAAAAGUAAAAGUGGUUGCUAAAGACUUCAUGCGUGCCAUUGACAAAAUCGUACCUUCGAGUGCAAGAUCAGCUUCUACCAGCUCUUCUCCAUUGUCAGAACGUCUUCAACCUUUGCUUCAAGACUCUUUAGACAGAAUUGUUGUCAAGCUCAAUGAUCUUUUGCCGGACUCUGUUGGAAUCGGGGGAAAGAAAAAGCUCACGAAUCUCCAAGAAGCCAUGUACUUGGAUCCAACCAUAAAGGACGAUGAUGGAGGCUUUGCCAAACACGAACUUCUCAAAACGUUAGAAAGCUCUAGAAUUUGCAAACCUCAUCUUUUGAUUUGUGGUGAAAGAGGUUCUGGCCAGCAGUAUCUAGGUGCAGCCAUCUUGAACCUCCUUGAAGGAUUCCAAGUGCAAAAUCUUGAUUUGGCUACAAUGUUUGGCGAUGUGACACGAACUCCAGAACUGUGCAUAGUGCAAACCUUUAUCGAGGCCAGAAGACAUCAACCUUCAAUCAUUUUCAUUCCUAAUAUUGAUACAUGGUUUGAUGUGAUGCCACAUUCUGCAAAAGCAGUUCUUUCGGGUUUGCUUCGAAAUCUUAGAAGCAAUGAGAAAAUCUUGCUCUUGGGUAUUGCAGAGAGAACUUACGAUGAAUUGGAUACAGAAAUCAAGUUGACUUUGGGCUUUCUGGGCGAACUGAACAUCGCUACGUUAUCAAAUCCAUCCCUUGAAGCAAGAAGGAAGUUUUUCGUCGCCAUCGAAAAAGCUUUGAUGAUGAAACCAUACGAAUUUUUGAAUGAUUUGCACAACAGACCUAAAAGAAAACUCAAGAAUUUGCCCAUUAUGCCACAGGGAAAGACUGAAACGGAUAGCACCAAGAAGGCUCUCAAACAGCAGGAAUACGAGGACAAGAAAUUGAAGAAUCUCCUCAAAAUCAAGCUCGCCGGGUUAAUGGACCUUUUUAAGAACAGAUAUAAGCGAUUCAAGAAGCCAAUUAUCGACGACAGCUUCUUACACCAUCUUUUUGAACCUUCGGUACUAGAAAAUCCAUUGAUUCCAUAUGAAGUUGCAUACAUAGUUGCUAAGGACCUGGAGCACCACAAUAUGAUCCAAGAACUUGCUACCGGUAAGUACUUCUUCAACAUGGAUUUAGAUACCAUCGAGGAACGAAUCUGGAAUGGUUACUACUCAGAGGCUAAACAGUUUUUGAAGGAUAUCAAAAUGAUUGUUCGUGACUCCAUCACCUCUGGAGACAGGGAGAGGAUCUUGAAGGCCAAUGAGAUGUUAACCAAUGCGCACUUUGGAAUUGAUGACUUCAACAAUGCGGAGUUCGCCCGCUCAUGCAAGGAGAUGAGAGCUAGAGAGAUUGAGAAGCAAGCAAAGUUGUUGGAGGAUCACAAGAGAUUGCAAGAGGAAUUCGCAAAGAAACAGGAAAUUAAUCUCCAGCAACUCAAUGAAGACCCUUCGUUGCUCAAUGGACACGGUUCACCAUCGGUAGAACUUCUCGAAGGACCUGAGGUGCAUAGCAACUUAGAAGGAGGAAAUGGCACAAAAGUGGAUCAUAUGUCUAUCAUUGAAGAGGGUGAUGAGUCCAAGUUUGAGGUGCCAGUACCCAAAGAACAAGAACCAGAAUCGAAGGCUGAUGAAUCAGAGUCCAAGCCUAACGUACAAGAAAAUCCUGAAUCAGAUAUUCACAGCGCAGUUGAUGGCUUUGAAAAGCCUAACGGAGAUGGUGGUGAGAUAAAACCAAUUCAUAAAGAGCAAUCAGCUAGAAGUGUUGCCAAUGGAUAUGGCCAGGUUUUGGAAAUUGCUCAAGAACCAAGCGGAGUUGUGGAGUCCACUAUAUUGCAAGACAUGGAAGUUGAUGAUGAACCUGACAGUGAGUCGGAAGCCGAGGAAGACCUUGUAAUCGACACUAGUCGGCAACUUAUUCUUCCUCCCAUCACGAAGGAGCUUUUCGAGGUGGAGAUGGUGAAGAUUACGGAGAGCUACACGGUGGAGAAGUUGGAGUAUUUUGUGGCGCUGCUCAUGGAAAUCAUUUGGGCAGACCGCGGUGAGUGGGAUAAAACUGCUACAGUGGCUAAGUUGCAAGAGGUGACAAAGCACCUCAACAUUUAG